AUGAGGUUUUUAGUCAUAUUGGUUGCCUUUGUCUCUGUAGUAUUUUUUGGACAGCAUAAAUGUGAACCAUUCUAUCCGAAAGCAACUAUUGCGUUUUUCUUUGGCCAAGAAUAUUACACAGAAUACUUUGCAAUUCAAGACUUUGAGGAUGUCAUAUUACAUCCAGCUUUUGAUUUCAAUAAAUCGACUGUUUUAUACAUUCAUGGAUUUAGAGAAAGCGUAUUAGCAGAUAGUGUGCAAAUGGUCGUGUCUGCAUAUUUAUCAAGAAAUGAUCAUAAUAUUUUCGCACUUGACUGGUCUAAUUACUCAUCUGGAAGUUAUGUUGCUCAUGCAGUUCCGAGUGUUAUCGGUCUUGGAAAUCGCAUUGGAUAUAGUUUAAAUCUAUGGAUAGAACAUGGCAUAAUUGAUGAGAAAAGGCUGCAUAUUGUAGGUCAUUCACUUGGUGGACAAAUGUCAGGAUAUAUUGGAAAAAUGGUGAAUCUAUUGUCACGUGGAUCUAGAAAAGUCAAAAGAAUUACAGCAUUAGAUCCGGCAAAGCCAUUGUUUUAUAUUAAUAGGACUGCUAUAAUCUCUUAUAUACACAAAGAUGAUGCUGAGCUAGUCGACAUAAUUCACACAAAUGCAGGAGUUCUAGGAAGCAGUAUAUCCGUUGGAAAUUGUGACUUUUGGCCGAAUGGUGGAACUUUUCAACCAGGAUGUGCUGUCAAUUCAAUAAUUAAUUGCGAUCAUAAACGAAGUUGGAUGUAUUAUGCUGAAAGUGUUGCAUCAAUAGAACCUAAAUUCAAUGCCAUCAUAUGCGAUGACUACAAAAGCUUUAAAAACUUAAAUUGUACUGAUAACCUUACAAGCUUUAUGGGCUUUUAUGCAAGUGAAAAUUGCUCGGGAAUUUACUAUUUACAAACAAACAAUGAUUAUCCAUAUUCACGUGGGGUAUUUGGCAUGCUUUAUUCACCAUUGGUUGAUAUUGACCGUCAAAAUGAGCCAUAA